GGAAAUUACAGUUCAAAAUGUAUCUUUCAUUGUUAAAAAAAUAUCAAAAUGUGCUCCUUCUGUGCCUUCUGUGUUGGCAGUUCACUGAAGCCUUGACCUCGGACUGCUGCAAUGAAGGUGAAACCAAGGAAGACUCUAACGAUUGCACCAGCUACUUCGUUUGCUGUAAUGGAGCAUUUGUAUCAAAGACUUGCGAAAGUGGAAACUAUUGGAAUUCUAAUUCAGGAUCUUGUGCACCAAAUAAUGGACAAUGCUGUCCUAGUACUGGAACUUGUAUAGACAACGAGUUGGAAGUUGAUCCCCAAAAUUGUGCCGCAUACUAUCAGUGUGUAAAGGGACAAUUUGUAAGCCAAAAGUGUGCGAGUGGUUCUUACUUUGAUACCAUAAUUAAGGCAUGUGUUAUCGAUACCGAAUGCAUUUGCACUUCUUAGUACUGUCAACUUGAGGUAUAUCAAAUGUAAAACAGAUAAAUAAAAUUUCAUUCACCUUGUAACACA